CACACCUUUUGCAGGGUUCAGUGGGAAGACACGAGUGACAGAGCUCACGUAAACCCCCGUGACACCGUGCUGCUCGGGAUCCUUUUAGAACUUCCGAGAUAAAUAAAGAUUUAUCGAAACGCUCGGAAUCGAAACCCUAACAUCUCAACGCGGCCAACAGUGCUCAGCUCUCCGCGCCCACCGCUCCGACCCCAGCACGUCCCACGAACCCCUCGGUCCGUAGUCAGGACGAGCCGCAUCCCGAGCAUGCUCAGUGGCCGGCGUCUGUUCCUGCCCCGUUGCGUUGCCAGCACGCGGCCGCUGCCAGAGGAGGCGGUGCCGGCCAUUGCGGGCCCGCCGCUCUUCCCCAUGGGCAGCCGCGCGGCGGACGGCGCGGGGCCCGAGCGGCCGCCAGAGGAUGGCACACCAGAAGCACCUGGUGAGGAAUCGAGAAGGCUCACCAGGCAGCAGCUAUUUACCAUGCUUGCAGCAGCUUCCAUAAACUUCAGCUCAAUGAUAUGCUAUUCCAUCCUGGGCCCCUUUUUCCCUGGAGAGGCAGAAAAAAAAGGUGCCAGUAACACAGUUGUUGGCCUGAUUUUUGGAUGUUUUGCUUUGGUCAAUUUCUUGACUUCUUUAAUCAUGGGAAAUUAUCUUACAAAGAUUGGAGCAAAAUUCAUGUUUGUGUCAGGGAUGUUUGUUUCAGGAUGUGUAACAAUUCUAUUUGGAAUGUUGGACAAGGUGCCAAGUGGACCAAUGUUCAUUGGUUUGUGCUUUUUAGUAAGAGCAAUGGAUGCAAUAAGUUUUGCAGCAGCAAUGACAGCAUCAUUUUCAAUCCUUGCAAAGGCAUUUCCCAAUAAUAUAGCUACUGUCCUGGGCAGCCUUGAAAUUUUUACAGGGCUUGGACUGGUGCUGGGCCCACCUUUAGGUGGCUUUUUGUAUCAAUCCUUUGGUUAUGAGAUCCCUUUCAUUACGCUGGGAUGUGUGGUAUUGCUCCUAGUGCCUGUGAAUAUGUGCUUAUUACCAAAAUAUGAUUCGAUCCCUACCAAGGAGUCAUUUUGGAAGCUCGCUCUUCUGCCGAAAGUCUUAUUUCUCUGUUUUACUAUAUUUUCUUUAAGUGCAUGCUUAGGCUUCUUGGAUCCCACAAUGUCUCUAUUUAUCUUAAAGAAGUUCAAACUCCCAGCUGGAUAUGUGGGCUUAGUGUUCCUGGGUUUGGCACUCUCGUACUCCCUGUCUUCUCCCCUCCUUGGACUCCUAAGUGACAAAAUGCCACACCUCAGGAAAUGGCUGCUGGUGUCAGGAGGCCUAAUAACAGCCCUGUGCUUUUUCUUGUUAGGACCUGCUCCUGUACUGCACAUUGAAAGUCAGUUGUGGAUGUUCGUCCUAGUGCUGGUUUUCCUUGGCUUUUCCCUUGGAAUGAGUGCUAUCCCAGUAUUUCCAGAGAUACUGCAGUGUGCAUAUGAAAAUGGAUUUGAAGAAGGGUUGAGUCUACUGGGGCUGGUAUCUGGGCUCUUUAAUGCUGUGUGGUCCCUUGGGGCAUUUAUAGGUCCCACUUUAGGAGGAUUUCUAAAUGAAAAACUGGGUUUUGAAUGGGCGUCAGCCAUCCAAGGAGGAUGGGCAGUGUUAAGCGGACUUGCAACUGGAAUAUUUUAUAUUGCUGAAGCCACAAGGAAAAGCUCCAGUUCCAGCCUGCAAAACCCUCCUAGUGAUAAUGAAGAAAGAACUCAUCUAUUGGGUAGUGAAACAUAACCAGAAAUUAUUUUGAUCCUCUGUUUAUUAUUGUAGUUUAACUUAGUGUUGAAGUGAGCGGGCUUAACAGUGUUUUGUUGUUCUGGACUUGGGAUACAUGAUCUCCCUAGUGAACAACCAGUUGUGGUUUAAGUUGGAGCUGCAUCACUGUUUUGAAACACUAAACACUGACUGCCUUUCUUUUGAAAGUCCUCACGUGGAUUGGCUGCACUGAUGAGUAGCCCUCAAUGUCAGCCUGUUUAAUUGUAUUCCGUAUACAGUGUACCACUGUAUGUGAAGAGGUGCAUUUUCAAGUGUCUGGCUUCUGUACUUGAGCCUGCUGUGCAUUACUCUCAGAUAAAGCUACUAUUUUGCUACUACGAUUUUUCUCUAUUUUUUUUAGAAGAAAGACUAUCUAUUAAUAUCUUAACUGACACUGUAAAAUUUUGAAACAGAAUUUGAAGUGGCAAAGCAUUUAAGCACAAUGCUGUUUUCAAUAAAGCAACUUUUUUUUUCCUAAGUUCUGUGAAUUUUCUUGAAGAGGAAGAGUCUUUGUGUCAACUAGCAUUUAUAAUUCAUGAAAGUGCCUGAAAAUGAGAAGUGAACAUGUCCAUGCGGAACUGAUUUCCAGUCUUGGAGGAGAUGGGGUACUCCAAGUGUGUGUGUGUGUGUGUACAUGUACAUUCCUCUAACAUGCAGAAGCUUAGGUUAGUCUGUGAGAUAACUGUUUUGCUAGUAAAUGCCAGCAGCGAUGUUUGUCCUAGUUGUCUUUUCAAUAAGUGUGUCUAUCAGAAGUCUAGGGUUACCAUUUUUCAACAGAGAGGAGAAAAAUCUCCUCCUAGAUACUAAGCACAAAAGGCGAGGUGAACUGAGAUAUGGACACGCCUUGCAAACUGACGCUAGAUUUUUAGUCUUCAUUUGUGGCAUGAGUCUUAUUUUUGUCUUUGAACCCAGAACUGGGCCCUAGAAGAGGUACUCUGUGGUAUCCGUUUGUCCCACAAGUAAAGAAAAUGGUUUACUCCUAGUGGUUUGCAGUCAACUUUUUUUGUUGUGAGUAGCCAGUGGAAUUUACAUGAAACAUUUUCUGUCAGAACCCUUUUUUGGGUACUAAUGAGGAAAACUGCUGUGAGAGAGCUGAAUAGGAUGCCAAAAAGCAGAAAAGCAAUAGAUUUUUGUUUGUGUCAGGUAUUAGAUCUUUCUGAAAUCUAGAGUGUACCACUCAGCCUUGUUUUAAAAUGCCAGUCCUGCCCUUGCUGUAGGUGAGGCAGUUGAGAAGGAACUGAGAGAACCAGGGGUAAAGGAUACAAGGUACAAAUCCAUAGAAAUGAGAUUUCAUUCAUUCUGAGGAAUUACCCGCUUUCCUACCUGAUUUGUGUUGUUAGGACUUGAAGUGGUAGGGAUUACCAGAACAUAGAUGUCACUGAAAAUAAUGGGCUAUCCUGCAGCCCAUGAGCUUCUCCAGUUGUCCAGUAGAAACAGCAGAUAAUUAACAGCUUUGGCACUACAUCUUCUCCCCUCUUCCUUUUUUUGUUUUUGCAGUGGAGGUUUAAAAAAAAAAAAAAAAAAAAAAAAAAAAAAAACAAAACACAAUCUAAAUUGAGAUCUGGUUUCCAGAUCUGUUCUUCAGACUAACACUCAAACCUCCUGCCAUGAUUAUCUAGGAGUCCAGGAACUAUGGUUGAAGAGCAGUGGAAUCUCCUAUGGGGAACUGAGUUCUCCCAUGUCUGGUGCAGUUCUUCUCUCAUCCAAUGGCAGAUCUAAACCCAGUUUGCUUUAUUAGUGCAGUUGUAUGGUCUGAAGUUGUGAAUAAAUACGAGGCACAAGUAAACUCAUUUGGAGCAGUGCUGAGCUGGUGGUGGCACCAUUAGCAUCCAAACAGCAGUGCUGAUCUCAGGGCCAAUCCCCUGUCCACACUCUACUAGGUGUGUGUGUGCUGGUUUUUUGCUCAGGUUUCCCAAACUGGCUUUCUUCUGCUGUGACCUGGGCUUACAUUAACCUACCUUCCCACAGCAAUGAUGUGCUUGAAUAGUUUGCUAAUCUGGCUGGCAGUGUGUUUCUUCAAUUGCAGCUGAGCAAUGACUUCUGUAUCAGUGGUGUAAUGCAGAUUGCUCAGUGCUCACAACUCUCUGACCUUCGGCGUUGUGAGGUUUUUGGGACGCGGGGAUUGUGUUGCAUGGUGUUGACUUCCUAGGGAAUUCACAGGUUUCUGCAAGAUCUUCCUUAUUAAAGUUCCCUAUCUUUGCUUGCCCCUGUCCUCCUCUUGGGUGACUUCAGGUUUCAGGUAUGGGGCUUUUGAGGUCUCAUGUCUUUGCUGUCUCCUCCUGAUGCCUGGGCCUUGGAUAUCUGUGUCACAGCUGCCUACAAGCAGUGUGCGAUUGUCAGAGGGCAGAGAAAUGCCUGCUUCUCCUGAGGAGGACUUGUUGCUGAUGGCAGAAAUAUGGAUAUUUUGGAAGUGGCCAUCAACAAAGCCGCCAGACAGGUAUUGUGACUUAAUUAGAGCCGUUCAUUUUGGUAAAUGCUCGUCAGCUACAGGAGGGGGGAGAUGUUGUCUUUUGUUUUUCUGUGUCAAUACUAGGGUGUCUGUAUCGUUGUGACUCCUGAAGAUGGUAUUUGCAGCUGGGUCUUCAUGAGGAGAACAGUAAAUGCUUAUCUUGAAAAUAUUCCAGACCCCCAGGUGGACUGCAUUCCAUGUACUGAUUCUGAAAGGUAUAGUCUUUGCUAUAGAAGGGGAACAGUACAGUUGGGAAAAACAACUACAUUGAGGAUUGCUUAUGCAUAUCAUUUAAAAUGUCUUGGGGCAACUGUUAGAGGAAGAAAAGUUAGACAUUGUUAGUUG